UGCAUGCCAUGCAAUGCGAGUGAUUUAACGACUAAUGCUCUCUCUCUCUCUCUCUCUCUCUCUCUCUCUCUGUGUUAAUUUGCAAGUUACAGUCCAACCCAUCAAAACUAUACAAGACAACCCUCACCGACUUUGCUCCUCCUCAUUUCCUUCUUGCUAUUAAUAUCUCAUUCUUUUAAUUUCUUUUCCUUAAUUAUCUCUGCAAUUUCUUCUCCUUCUUCUUCUUCUUCAGCUAGCUAGGUUAAUUAGCACGACUCAGAACCAUGGUUUCUGCAGAUGCUAUUCGAACUGUAGUCGGUAUCAUCGGAAACGUCAUCUCACUCAUUUUGUUCCUCUCACCAGUGCAAACUUUUGUUCGAAUUUGGAAAAAAGGGUCAGUGGAGCAAUACUCACCAGUCCCAUACCUUGCAACCCUAUUUAACUGCAUGGCAUGGGCCCUGUACGGGUUGCCUGUGGUGCACCCCAACAGUCUUCUGGUGGUGACCAUCAAUGGUUCUGCAAUUUUCAUUGAGCUUUCCUACAUCAUCCUCUUCCUCAUCUACUCAUCUGACAAGAAGCAAAGGCUCAAAGUGCUUCUCGUGCUGCUUUUGGAGCUCGUUUUCAUGGCUCUUCUGGCAUUUCUUGUUAUCAAAUUGGCUCACACACACAAAAAGAGGUCACUGAUUGUUGGCCUAGUUUGCAUUCUAGGUAACAUCAUGAUGUAUGCUUCACCUCUAUCUGUCAUGAAAUUGGUGAUUACAACAAAAAGUGUGGAAUACAUGCCGUUUUUCCUCUCACUCUUUUCCUUUUUCAAUAGCAUUGCCUGGUUCACAUAUGCUCUCAUCCGUUUUGACAUCUUCUUGACUAUUCCGAAUGGGCUGGGCUUACUUUUUGGAUCAGCUCAGCUGCUUCUCUAUGCCACAUUCUACAAGAACACUAAAAGACUGAUGGCAGAAAGAAAAUCCAGACAAUUGAGUUUGACAGAGGUGGUUUCCGACAGAGAUGAACCCAAAAAGAUAAGCCGCACUAAUCACAACGGCCGUGCUCCCUCUCAGAACAACGGGGCAUGAUCAACCGCACCGUUGAAGUCUCUGCUGGUCGAUAAGUCGGACGAGCAGGGACCCCGUCAAAGAUCUACAAGUUUUUUUUGAACAAACGAAAGAGCUACAAUUUAUUUCAUAACACAUGCAUUAAGAGUCUCGUAUGUAACUCUGUGGCAUGAUUGAACAUUAUACUUAUGCCAUACGAAGUAGUGGAUCUCAUAAUUGUACUGCAACUAUUUCAAUUGAUCAAUGAUCAAGGCACAAGCCUUGUAUGGAAAUUUGUUUUGCGACUGUA